AUGCCAGUACUGGCCGAUUAUUCGCCCUUAAGCAAAUUAGAUGCUCAUUCGGAGAAUGGAAAUCUUCAAGAUGCUAUUAAUAAUAAUUCGUUACGAGGCACGCAUUUUGGGGAAGAAGAAAUGUUGAAAAUAUUUCGAGGAAUUUGCUAUGCUGUUCGAGCACUCCAUAAUUACAAACUUCCCAGUGUUUAUAGAACGGAAUUUACAAACGGAAAUACACUCCCUAAUGGACCUAUUAUAAAUAAUAAUAUACUCAGCCAAGUAGCGUCAACGCAACCCCAAGCAGAGGAGAAUAUUGUACCAUUUGCGCAUAGAGAUAUUAAACCUGGUAAUAUAUUAAUGUCCGAUGACAUGCAAACUCCUGUCCUAAUGGAUUUUGGCUCUUUAAUCCGGGCAAGGAUAAAGGUUGAUAACAGAAGCAAUGCUUUGGUGCAACAAGAAUUAGCAGCAGAAAAGUCUACUAUGUCUUAUCGUGCCCCAGAAUUAUUUGAUGUCAAAACUAAUAUUGAAUUGGAUGAAAAAUCAUUGGGAUGUACACUUUAUGCUAUGGCCUACGGAAAAUCGCCUUUCGAGAAUAGUAUUAAUGAACAAGGAGGUUCAAUAGCAUUAGCUGUUCUUAGUAAUCAAUUUAAAUUCCCCGAUACUAAAGAUGAUAUCUACUCUCAAGACUUUAGAAAUUUGGUUGGCUUUUUGUUAGCAGUAGAUCCGAAAGAUCGGCCUAAUAUCCAUCAGGUAAUAGAGAGAGUUGAUUCAUUGAUUGAACAGCUGAGUUCUAGAAACCUUGGCACAAAUAUUUAA